AUGCGCCCGCUGUGGCUGUCGCUGCUGCUGCUGUUGCUUCUCGCCCGCGCUGUGCACACGGUGGCCACCCCGCCCCGACUGUGUGACGUGCUGUGGGUGCUGCAGGAGGAGAGAGACCAGUGUCUGGGGGAGCUCUCCAGAGAGCAGCCAGGAGCCCUGGAUGAGGAGCCACCGGUGCCAGGCUGCCAGGGGCUGUGGGACAACGUGAGUUGCUGGCCGUCCUCUGCCCCGGGGAGAACAGUGGAGGUGGCCUGCCCCAGAUUCCUGCAGCUGCUCUCCAGCAGAAAUGGUUCCCUGUUCCGAAACUGCACCCCGGAUGGCUGGUCGGACACCUUCCCCAGGCCGGACCUGGCCUGUGGGGUAAGCGUGAAUGACUCUUCCAAUGAGAGACGGCAUGCCUACCUGCUGAAGUUGAAGGUCAUGUACACCGUGGGCUACAGCUCCUCCCUGGUGAUGCUCCUGAUCGCCCUGGCCAUCCUCUGUGCUUUCCGGAGGCUGCACUGCACCCGUACCUACAUUCACAUGCACCUGUUCGUGUCCUUCAUCCUUCGUGCCCUGUCUAACUUCAUCAAGGAUGCUGUGCUCUUCUCCUCCGAUGAUGUCACGUACUGCGAUGCCCACAGGGUAGGCUGUAAGCUCGUCAUGAUCUUCUUCCAGUACUGCAUCAUGGCCAAUUAUGCCUGGCUGCUGGUGGAAGGCCUCUACCUCCACACUCUCCUUGUCGUCUCCUUCUCCUCAGAAAGAAAGUGCCUUCAGGGAUUUGUGGUCCUGGGAUGGGGUUCUCCAGCUGUUUUUGUGGCUUCGUGGGCUGUUGCCAGGCAUUUUCUGGAAGAUGCUGGGUGCUGGGACAUCAACGCCAACGCGUCCAUCUGGUGGAUCAUUCGAGGACCUGUGAUCCUCUCCAUCCUGGUGAAUUUCAUCCUCUUCAUAAACAUUCUGAGAAUCUUGCUGAGAAAACUCAGAACCAGGGAGACAAGAGGAAAUGAAGUGAACCAUUACAAGCGUCUGGCCAGGUCCACCCUCCUGCUGAUCCCGCUGUUCGGCAUCCACUACGUGGUCUUCGCCUUCUCCCCCGAGGACGCAAUGGAGGUCCAACUGUUCUUUGAACUAGCCCUUGGCUCCUUCCAGGGGCUCGUGGUCGCCGUACUCUACUGUUUCCUCAAUGGAGAGGUGCAGCUAGAAGUUCAGAAGAAGUGGCAGCAGUGGCACCUCUGGGAGCCAGCGCUGCGCCCUGUGGCUCUCAGCUCUUCCUACAGCAAUGGCACAGGUGGCUUCACCCCUGGCAUCAAGGCCUGCCCUGCAGAGCACAGCCGGGACACCCACAAAGCCAGCAUCAUCUGAAACGCCCACACGGACAUGGCUCCCAGACAUCCCUGGAGGACAAUAACCUCAGGCUGUGGAGACUUCAGAACUGAGCAGCUGCACUUGGGGCACCACAGGUGGGAGGAGGGCCUGGCAUCCGGGGCCCUUUGUGCUCUUCCGGGAAGAGAAGUUCAAGGGUGCACAGGAGGGUGUGGGGAUUUGGUCUGCAGCUGUUGUGUUCAUUAGCCCUAUGACUCAAGGGGAGAAGGCUGCUCCAUCUCACACCAGACUCUGCUGGUCUCAGCUCAGGGCCAGGACAAGCUUACACACCAUGGGCUCGUUCCUGUUGGUCCCACACAGAAGUUCACCUGCCUGUCUUCUCACUAGAACUAAGUUGAUCUGAUCAAGUCUCAAGUGGCAGGGGAGCCCGAGGCUGCUGGCACGGUGUGAGCACGCCCAGCAAGC